AUGGCCGUACGCAUUUUUUACUUUCGUUACGUCUGCCGACGGCCGCAGCAAGGCCAACUACCACCACCACUGACAACAUCACCACCACCACAACCACGGCCCGAAGACUCACCAGACCCGGACCCGCACGCCUCCCGCUCCUCCCCUCAAUACGACGUCGAGGCUGGAGGACGGCCCAGUUCCGACCCCAGGUCGGCCGUUCGGUCACCCCAGGCCACUCAAAGCUCAGUGGAAGGGGUGACCAGGGGCCGCGGGUCGGACCCGGACAACAUAGCUGAGCCGUUCUUCCUCCAGCUCGAAGUCGUGACAAUUCCAGGGGAGGGCUGGGAGGCGUCUCUGCGGGUUGGGUCUGGUCCGGCGUGGUUGUGGUGGUCCGUGGUGGUGGUGGUAGUUGCCUUGCUGCUGAUGUAUGCCGGUUUGCCGUUGUGGACGGCGGUGGUGCGCGCCCGCCAUGGUUGA